CUUAUUCCAAAAUCCACGUUAACUGCAUCCCUCUAAUCUCACUCUCCCACUUUCGCGUGCACUCCACCAUCAACAAAACGCCUCGCCACUUCCGGCGAAGCCCCUCAAAGCACAGUUACCAAAACCAUCAGCGGCCUUCACACCGCCACGUCAUCCUACAUUGUCCCAAUCAACCUCCAACCCCGCUCAAAAAAAAAAAAAAAAAUCUCCCCUCUACCCGGAAGAAAUGCUCUCUUCUGGGGAUCUCCUGCCGAGGCAGAUCCAUGUCCUUUAUCUCGCCGAAUAAAGACAGACCAUAAAAUUCUUUGAUUUUGUUGCGAUAAAAUGGACGAGACUUUCUUCGAUCUAAUGGAGUUCUUGAAGAAACCUACGAUAACCGAAACAUUCGUCGACAUUUUGCUAUGCGCGGUGCCGAUAUGGCUAGCCGUUAUGAUCGGGCUCGUGAUCGGCUGGGCUUGGCGUCCUAGGUGGACCAGCUUAGUUUUUCUUGGUCUCCGGUCUAAGUUUCGGUUCAUCUGGACCGCCCCUCCCGGAUUCGGAGCUCGCCGACUUUGGCUCGCCUUCACCGCUCUCUCCGCUUUCUCCGUUUGCCGCACGGUUGUCUCUAACUUUAUUAAAGGGAGAGCCAACAAAUCGACUGCUACGGCUUCAAAUUCGGCCUUUCCAUUGCCAUCGCCGUCAACUAAGGGGAUGACUUCACCGGAAGGAGCUGCUGGCACUGUUAGCCCCAGCAGUGAAGCUGAAGAAAGACAGCAGGAUAUUGUCACAGAGAAUGACUUAGCGCACCUCUUGCAUUUUCUCGAAGGGAAGGAUGGGGAGAUGGAAUGGCAAAGUAUGAUGGAAAAGACUACCCCAAAUAUGUUAUACCAAGCAUGGCGCCAUGAGCCUGAGAAUGGCCCUGCAGUUUACCAUAGUAGAACUGUCUUUGAGGAUGCAACACCAGAGGUGGUUAGUGACUUCUUCUGGGAUGAUGAGUUCCGACCAAAGUGGGAUACCAUGUUUGCAUAUGUUAAAAUUUUGGAAGAGUGCCCUCUUACAGGGACAAUGAUUGUUCACUGGAUAAGAAAGUUCCCCUUUUUUUGCCGUGAUCGAGAGUACAUAAUUGGUCGAAGAAUAUGGGAGGCUGGAAAGACCUACUAUUGUGUGACAAAGGGGGUGCCAUAUCCUGGUUUGCAGAAGCGUGACAAGCCAAGACGUGUGGAGCUUUACUUUUCGAGUUGGGUUAUAAGGGCUGUGGAGUCCCGAAAAGGAGAUGGACAGCUAUCUGCUUGUGAGGUUAAUCUUGUACAUUAUGAAGACAUGGGGAUCCCAAAAGAUGUGGCAAAAUUAGGUGUUCGUCAUGGGAUGUGGGGAACCGUAAAGAAAUUGCACUCUGGCAUGAGGGCAUACCAGAAUGCAAGGAAAACAGACACUUCCUUGUCUAGAUGCGCACAGAUGGCAAGAAUUACCACAAAAAUUUCUUCUGAUGAGAGCAUGGAUUUUCUUGGUCCCGUUUCUGUGGAAGAUGAAAUAGAUCAAACUAUGGUUAUUAGGGGGAAGAAUGGUAAUGGCCUUGAUUGGAAGUGGAUCGCUGUAGGUGGAACUGUGGCGCUGGUUUUUGGACUCCACUCGGGUAUAAUUGGGAAGGCAUUGUUGCUUGGAGCAGGGCAGAGGAUUGCCCGACGGUGAGAGCUUUACAGUGAGGAUAUUAUAGUUGUCUUUGGUUUUUAAAGAUUCCGUAACAUGUUAUUAAAAUAGUACUGCAUCCAUUCCUAUUAAUUCAGAUAAUUAUGUAUUAUUUUUAUUUACCAUCUUCUUAUAUUGAAGUGGAUUUUUUUUUUUAAAUUGUCAAUUAA